CGAUCUGCCGGGCUGUGGCUUUUGGAUCAGCUCACCUAACGUAGCAUUAUCGUAUUCCAAUGACUAUUUCCAAAAAAUAGCACAAUUCGAGGGUCGGUCAACAUUCCCAUCCAACCAAGACACUCAUAUAACAUCCUCCCUUUGUUUUUCCCAACUCGCUGUUUCACAAUUGUGGCGCAUUCACAUCCAUGGCUCUGGGAACCUAGCCGUGAUUUACGGAUCAUCGACCGAAACACCACUACUCCACAAUGGGGCUAUCACCCACGGACUUUCAUAGAUACAGUAAAUCGAUCAUUUUGUUCACCUAUUAUUAUGCGAUGCUGUAUCAUCUGCCUCCAUGUACUUCUGCACCCAGCCUCCAUCACAAAGCCCAUUUUCGUCCCAUCAUGCGCUUGUAGAAGGGGUAUCACUGAGCAAAUCCUUCUUCUUCCCCUCCUCCUCCUCCUCCAAAAAAGUGUAGCCCCAAAUCAGAGACAUUCAACAAAUAAAACACGUUUUACAAAGCAACAACCAGCAAACAACUCGUCGAAGUGCCCAGCCAAGCCCCAAACACCCACGUGCGACGCGUUUCCGGAUCGUUCCCAGAUCCAACUCCGUAUUAUAACGCUUCCCCCACACGUCUUUGGUCAUUAGGGUAUGGCGGAUCCAAUUCUCGACUCCCAUCAUCCGUAGCCCAUCCACUCUGUCAUGCAAAUCCCCCCCAUUGCCCUGCCGCUCGGAUAGCAACUCAGUGUCUAUGCGUCAUACACAGACUUCGGAACCAGGAGGCUGGUAAGUCGCCUCCCUUUACAUCUCGACAGGGUAUCGCAUAUCAUAGCAUAGGUAUAACAGGCCCACGGGCCUACUACCGAUUGGAUGAACGGGGGACGUUGCGAACUUGAUGAACCAAUAAGUCUCUUUUUGCUUCUCUCUCUUUAUAUCUCAACGUGAACGUGCAAACCGUAAAAUCGUGAGCCGACGUGGAAACCUCCGUCUGAGCUUGAGUAUGGCACCGACAAAAGGGUGCUGUGCAGUAAAUAUGUAUGGUACAUUGGGGGAAAUCUGAGUCGUGCGUCUAGCCGGUUACUGGGGAGGUUGGAAGUUGAGUGGUCGCCUAAGUUCAC